ACACCAAUAACAACCGGCGAAAUGCGACCGAUACCACUGGUGCUUUACCUCUUCGCACUACUUGCUUCGCGGCUGGUACUAGCUGAGGAAUAUAUCGAGUCCAGAGCACUGAAUCUGUGCUCCAACAGUUUGGAGUUUACAGCGACGUACUUCAAUGUAAGGUUCACGCCAAGGAAUCGUACCAUUGCAUUGAGCUUUAAUGGGAGGUCAUCAAUAUCUGGCAAAGUCGUCGCAGAGUUGAUCAUCACAGUCUACGGCUACACCGCGAUGACCAAAGUGUUGAAUCCAUGUGACAUGGACCUAGAAGGGCUUUGCCCAGUCAGGGCCGGCGAGCUCCCGGUAAUGAACACCAACAUAAAAAUACCCGACUCAGUCAUUUCACAGAUUCCUGGUAUUGCCUAUACUGUCCCUGACCUAGAUGCCUCCGUGCGCGUUUUCAUUAACUCGUCCGAUACGGGAAGAAGUAUUACUUGUCUCGAAGCAGAACUUUCCAAUGGUAAAACAGUUUAUCAACCGGGGGUCGGUUGGACGACGGCGAUAAUUUCUGGUCUGGGGUUGGCUGCGUCUGCAGUCACGUCUGCGCUUGGUCAUUCAAAAGCCGCUACGCACAUAGCAACUAAUGUGAUCUCGCUUUUUGGAUUUAUGCAGUCACAAGCAAUGUUUGGAAUGUCAUCAGUUCACAUGCCUCCGAUUGUUCAGUCAUGGACUCAGAACUUCCAAUGGAGCAUGGGCCUCGUUCGUGUCGGCUUCUUGGAGACCUUGUGUACCUGGUACCAGCGAUCCACAGGUGGAAAGCCUUCGACUCUCAUUGUCGACCAUUCUAAGAAGUCGAUUCAAGUUCUCAAAAAGCGAUCAUAUGACACUCUUCUAAAGCGAGCCGUCAAAUAUGACGCAGAUACACAUAAAAGCAUUGUGAUACGCGGCAUCCAACGUGUCGGGUAUAAGGCAGGAAUCGAAGUGACCAACAUCUUUCUGACAGGGCUGAUCUUUUUUGUCUUCUUUGCCACACUUGCAAUGAUCUGUGUUGUAAUAGCCAGAGUUAUCCACAAGUCUCUUGUCAGGUCCGGAAAGAUCAAAGACGAUGAAGUAAAAUGGAACUUCAUUAUGAAGGGAAUUCUAUUCCGGGUGAUCUUGCUAGGGUAUCCUCAGAUAUGCAUACUUUGUUUGUGGGAAUUCACUCAACAUGACUCUUCCGCCGAGGUUAUCCUUGCCUCCGUCAUGCUCUUGACUACCACUGUUGCCAUUGGGUUUGCAACACAAAAGGUCGCCCGUCUUGCGAAACACAUCCUGAGGCCCUGGAUGAACAAGAAGACGGACAUAUACAACAUCUCAAUCGCAGCUAUCAACUUUGUCAAUGCUAUCUUCCUGUUGAUCUUUUCAAAUGUCUUCAGCCAACCUGGGAUUCUCACAGGCGUGAUGGGAGUUGUCUUCUUUGCCUACAACGCAGUCUUCUCACUGGUCCUCCUGGUUCUCGUGUUAAUCGCGUCCAUCUACGCCGUGCUAUCGAAGAACCCCGACAUUCGAUACCAACCGAUGAGAGACGACCGAGAGUCCUUUAUUAGAUCACAAUCUCAACAUCAGCUGGGCACCGAGUUGGAUGCCUUGGGUGCCGCUGCUCGUGGUGAUAAACAUUCUAACCACGAUAAUUCCACCCCAAGUUUAGUUGAUUUCUUAGAUAGGCGUGAACAUUACAAUGAGGAAAAUAGUGAAGGCACGCUUGAGGAGGGCCAGCCCUCGGCAGGUCUUUCUUCGAAUCGUGGUGUGAGACAUCGAAAUUCCCCCCUCUAUCACUGCCGGCGUGGGAUCCCUCGUGGUCAUCGACCCUAUAAGCCACCUGCAAACCUCGAUGUUAUAUUGCCUAUAGACACUCACACGCCGGACGACGGCUCAAGUCCGUGGAAGAGGGGAGCUGGCUAUGAAUGA